AUGGAAGACAGGGUUAAGUGCAUUCUUUUCCUCCUUGGGGAGGAAGCUGAUUCUUUUGCUAAGAGGGCGGAAAUGUAUUACAAGCGACGACCAGAGGUGAUCAGUUCAGUGGAAGAAGCAUACCGGGCAUACAGGGCCCUUGCUGAACGCUAUGAUCAUAUGUCAGGGGAGUUACACAAAGCAAACCAUACCAUUGCAACUGCCUUCCCUGACCAGAUUCAGUAUUCAUUGUUAGAAGAGGAUGAUGACAAUCUCCCAAAGGCCUUUACCACGGUUGAUCCUCGCAAAAUCCGAAAAUCAACAGUGGAGGGACUAAUGAAGAAGAAGCAUGGUGACAAAUCAGGACUGAAGGAUAGAGGCAAUAAAUCUGCAUCUCCAGUCAACAAGGAUAAUGCACAAGCCGAGAUUGGCAGGCUGCAGAAAGAGAUAUUAGUCCUGCAGACUGAGAAAGAGUUCAUAAAAAGCUCUUAUGAGAGUGGAAUUGCGAAGUACUGGGAUCUUGAAAAGCGAAUUAAUGAUAUGAAGGGAGAAGUUUGCUACUUGCAAGACCAGUUCAAUGAAAGUGUAGCGAUAGAGGAUGAUGAAGCCAGGGCUUUGAUGACAGCAACUGCUCUUAAAUCUUGUGAAGACGCAAUUAUCAAAAUGAAGGAGCAACAGAAGUCAUUUUUCAGCCAAGCAAUUGUUGAGUCCGAAAGAAUUAAGGUUUCCAGGGAGAAGCUGAAGGGUAUCAUGAGAGGACAUGGUAAAUCCCUAUCAUAUACAGAAAAUUCUUCAGAUGAGAAUGUAAAUAUAGAUGCCAGUACUAGGAAAGAUGAAUUGUUCUCCAUGAUGCAGGAGAAAAUUGAACUACAGGAACUAGCAGAAAAGUUCAAGGGAUACUUUAAGAUGAACUCUGAUCUUUCUGUGGUAGAGAUUGCAGAGAAAAUUGAUGAGCUAGUCAACAAAGUUGUGGAUUUGGAGCUCAUGAUUUCAACACAGACUGCACAGAUAAAUAGGCUGUGUCUAGAAAACAAUGAGCUGGAGAAGUCACUACAGAAAUUGGAGGAAGAGAAGACAGAACAAAGUGACUCGGUUGAAUUAAAUGACAAGUUCAAGAAGGCAGAAGAGGAUCUUAUUAGAGUGCAUAACCUUGAGAGAUCCUACCAUGCCGAAGAAAGAAUAGUCCAUACAAAUUUCACCGAAACAAUAAAUAGUUUAUGUGAUAUUUCAUACAUGCUGGCUGAUGAAGCAACAUCAUCCACUGACACUGAACAAUCAGGUGAACAUGGCAAAACAAACCCAUCAGAUGACCCUGAGAAGUAUGAAGCUGCAGGGAAGCCACACAGCGGGGAUGGAUUUCUUGAUCAUUCCGAUACACCAGAACCACCUAUCUUCAUCGAUGACAGUCAGUCAUCUAGUGGUCAUCAUGAGACUAAAACAGAAAAGCAAUGUCAUGUAGAGAAAACAGAGGAUUUGUGGUGUUGUGAGUUUGAAGGCAAGUUCAGUGCAGCUGCAUCAAUGGAUGAGCGAACAACAGAAACUGUAGGUCAUACUUUGUCUGAUGAUAAAAACAAUAGAGGAUCAGAACAUGUUCAUGAAUUCGUCAGUAACACUGAAAGCAGUGAGCAACCAUAUAUUGUGCACUCCCAUGAAAGUGAUUCAUUAGAAGUCCUGUAUCACGUUUCCUCCAAUAGUCCAAGAGAAAAUUUGAAACAAGAGGACAAUAUGAUUUUCUCAACCCCGUGUGAAAUCAUUUCAGAGGGCAGUUCCAGUUCAGAACAGAAGAUGGAGAUGAACAAAGCAGAAGAGUCAUAUAUCACCAAAAGGCCUACCCCUACUAGUGGAGAAGUUGCUGAUGUUGGGGAUCAAGAGGAUGUCAUGAUUAAUCUGCAGCAGUUGCUUAUGAAUGAUCUUCAAGAUAAGGAAAAGGUAUUACUAGCCGAAUAUACUUCCAUCCUCCGGAACUAUAAAAACAUAAAGCGAAGGCUUACAGAAGUGGAGACAAAGAACCAGGAAUGCUUAAAUGAGAUGAGAGCCAUGAUAAGUGAACUAGAGUGUGCCAAUGGAAUGAAAGAUGCAGAGAUUCAGUCACUUCGUAGGUUCUUGAACUCUGUAACUUACAAAGAUGCAUCACACAGUGAUCAUCGCAUGAAUUCAACCAUGUCACUAAGUGAGAAAAAUGGAGCUGUUAGGGGCCACCGAAGGACUCCAAGUUUUUUGCUAGUUCAUCAAAGGGCACAAAGUGUUUCCUCUAUCCCCAGGAGAAUAAAAAAUAGUCCUAGCCUGAAAAAUAACCUAAGUAUUGAUUCCGAUAAGGAACCUGAUGCAUCAAACGAUGCUGUUACCAAUUCAGAAGCCGUUAUUCUGGAGGACCUCACAUCAAAAAAUGUUGUCGAGAUGGAGAAAGCAUCACCACUUGAAGAAAAGUUCAGAAGAGACAUUGAUGUGCUUCUGGAGGACAACCUAGCGUUCUUGAUGAAGUUCAGCAUGUCACUACAACAGAUACACGGAUUUCAAACCAAGUAUAAUCUGCUACAGCCUGAGAUCGGCAAGCUAACAAAUGAGGAUAGGUUAAAAGCAAACAAGGAUCAUACAAAUGAGCACCCUGCAAAAUCGGAAAUGGAAGCAACAGAGAAGAGGCUAAGAGAACUCAAGAUUGAACUGCAAGUGUGGUUGGAACAGAAUGCAAUGUUCAAAGGGGAACUCCAGUGUAAAUUUGACUCCCUAUGCGACAUACAAGGGGAAAUUGAAGGAGCCAUGGAGAUGGAUGCAGACAUCGAGGACGGAGCUAGAUUCACUUCAUAUCAGGUUGCAAAAUUCCAGGGGGAAAUUUUGAACAUGAAGCAGGAGAAUAACAAAGUUGCUGAUGAACUGCAGGCUGGUUUGGAUCAUGUGAAAGGGCUCCAAAAAGAAAUUGAAAAGGUUUUGGCAAAGAUACUCAACAGCAAUAGCUUAUCUGGGUCCAAAUCUAGCAGCCCCUGGAGGAAUGCACCCUGUAAAUCAAGAGUACCACUCCGAAUGUUCCUCUUUCCAGCCAAGAAAAAGAAAGCAUCACUGUUUGCGUGUGUAAAUCCAGCACAUCUUUCAAAGCAGAAUAGCAACAUGGCAUUUUUCACUAGAAUGAGCUAGGUGUGCAUGAAGGUUUGCCCGAAUGCCUAAACUUUCAGCUUUGUUAGUGUUGUGAUUUGGCUUAACAUGUUAUUGUGAUGAUCAUGUUUUCCGAUGGAGCCAAAUUUAUCAUCGAGCCAGCGAAGUAGCAAACAGAACUUUAAAUUUUUAAUAUAGAUUUUGUCCUGAUGCCCAAUGCUAUGUUCAGUGCUGAUAAGGUUCUUGCAAUGCACUCGUUGGGAUUAAUUAGUGUUUGCUAAC